UGCUGCAAAACGAAAGAGAAAGUUUGGUUGCAUGGCGGUUUCAGGGAACUGGAAUGAUUGUCGUUAGGACGGGAUUGCACAUUAUGGUGUUGGCAUUUGGAGGUCUUAUCCUUACAUUUGUUUGUUUGGGUGUUAAUGGAUCUGAGUCUGUUCGUAAUGUUGAGUGGCUUCCUUGUCAGUUUGUGGAUGAAAAAGUUCAUAUAAAUGAAGAGGGACAUGCAGAGACUCAGUACAUCCACAGAGAGGCUGUGAUUCAGUUUGGUAAUGCCGGUGACAGCCCUUUAUACCCUACCAUUACCUUUCUUGUCACAGCCUCUAAGGUGGAUAUGAGGCGUUAUGUGGAAGGAGGGGAGGACAAAAUACACUGUGAGAUCCGUAGGUACAGCACUGGAGGCAUUGCAAUGCGCUGGCCUACUAUGGGAGCACAAGAUUAUGACUUCUGGUUCACCUGUACUUUACGCCAUACUGAAGGCUCGUUUGUCAUCUCCACAUUCCUCAGACACACGCCUGCAGUUCCUGUCAAAGGACAGAAGGACUAUCUACAAUGGACGACUAUUAAUGAUAGGGAACUCCUAACAACAUCAGCUGCAAUGGUUGUUUUGACCCGGACUCCCUCGGUUGAGGUGGGAUUCUUGAAGGAACCAACGCUGCACUGUCAGUUUGCAGUGGAUCAUAAACUGGCCAAUGUAACUCUGGAGUGGAGGUUACAGCAACACGGGGAGCGCAGCAAACUUUUUAGCUACUCCAGCCGCACAGGGAAAAGUGAAGGUAGCGGAGUGUCUGUCAAAGCCAUCGCCGCUGGAAAUGCCUCCUUCAAACUUCGACCCACCAGAAAAAACAGUGAGGGCACAUACACCUGCUCUGUUCUUGUUCCUCCCAUCUAUGGCAGCCACGAUAUUCCCCUUAUCCUAAGUGAACAACCCCGUGUGUCUCUAAAUGUGGGCUCCUCCUUGGCUUUAACACUCGGUGAGGAGCAGAAGGUAGUGUGUGAUGCAGAGGGCUACUAUCCCCUGGAUGUGAACAUUGAGUGGUAUCGAGAACCAGCUGGAGGCAGCCCUACACCUGUGUUCCUGAAGAAUAUACUGCACUCCAAUCAUCGGCUUCAUCAAGAUGGUACAUACUCGCUCUCAGCCUUCUUCCUUCUGCAGCCUGGCCUUGAAGACUCUGGAUAUAAGUACACUUGCAGAGUAUCUCAUAAGUCCUUGCUCACUCCCAUCCGCAAGAGCUUCAUCCUUACAGUUACAGAACCUGACUCUACAAUGUGGUAUGUCACAGUCAUUGCAUUCAUAAUAGCAAUGCUAGGAAUUCUUUAUUGGCUGCUGCCCAAGUACUUUGCAGAACGGAAAGCUGCGAAUAAGAGGUUCUGAAAGCUCAUGGGCAACAAGGAAACUGACAACACGUCCAUACCUCUCCUCUCGUCCCUACUGUCUCCUCCUGCUGUUACUGCCUUCUAAAAUAUCAGAUUCACAGCAUGGUAAAUAAGGGAGUGUAUUUCCAGAUCUCAUGGUUUAUGUUCUUCUUUACAGUAACUGAUAAUAAGGUACUAUUGUUUUUCAGACUCUCCUGAAUUAAAGAAUAUUUUAAAAUGAGCUUUCUGGAUUGAAUCAUUUUUGUGUGUAGACCUACUGUAAAUUAUGUCAAUUUAGCACGGAAGAUUCAUACAUUAUUGGCAAGAAACACUAUUACAAUUGUAGUAAUUUAUUAUUGUUAUUAUGUUUUAGUUUUUGCAAGUAUGAAAAUGUAGUAAAAUUGAGUUUUAAAUAUAUAGACAAUAUUUCCAUGGUCAUAAAAAACCUGGAAAUUUUAAAUUGUGAUUUCUAGGCCUGGAAAUGUCAUGAAAAUGUAAAUCUUAAGAAGACAUGGACAAGUAAUGGACAUUUCUAAAGAGGACAUUUUCUAGCUAUGCGCCGCUCAAAUAUUUAUCAACUAGAAAUUUUUAUUUUAUGGUGCAAUCUCUAUAAAACAAUUUAUAAAUCGACUUAACCAGUAAUCAUGAACCAUCCAUCCAUCUUCAACCGCUUAUCCGAAGUCGGAUCGCGGGGGCAGCUGCUCCAGCAGGGGGCCCCAGACUUCCCUAUCCCGAGCCACAUUAACCAGCUCUGACCCCCUCACUCGUGAACAAGACCCCUAGGUACUUGAACUCCUUCACUUGGGGCAAUACCUCCUUCCCUACCUGGAGUACGCACUCCAUCGGUUUCCUGCUGAGAACCAUGGCCUCACUGAACCACUGGAUAAGAAAUGGAAAUUCGUUGGUCAAAAAGUGUGUGAACGCUGUUUGUAAAAACACAAAUAUAAAAUCUUCCCCUGAUGGUUGAAAUAAAAAUGUACUUGAACUAUUGUCUACUUGUAAGAUUUUUGUGUGAAAUUGU